AUGUUCGGGUUGAUCAUGCUAGUGGCAAGUCUUCUUGGUCUUGGUGAAGUUCAAGGGAGUCAAAUUGAUCAGCAGUGUGUAAAGGGACAUGUCAUGAAGGUGACAACCUACAACAUCUUUGAGGGAGGAGGUGAUAAGGAAAGACUCGAGCGCCUUGCUUCAUGGAUGGUGCAAAAUUGUUUCAGCACAGACAACAACAGCAUUGAUCUUGGCGUGGUAGCGAUGAAUGAGUGCAAUGGAUGGGAUACAGAAUGGCGACUCAAUCACUUCCUUGGACACUGUCGAAACAUUCACCAUGUUUUGAUGCCAUGUAGAACAGGUUAUCAUAUUGGAUUUUUAUCACAGAAGCCUAUCCGGGUCGUAUCCAUGAUUACCGAAGAACCAUUUCAUCAUGGCUUGCUUCAUGUCGAAGUUGAAGGCAUUCAUUUUCUGGUUUGUCACCUGUCGCCAAGAGAUAGCUUGACGCGCUUGAAAGAAUGUGAAGAGAUCAUCCGCAUCGCUCGGGGGCUCUCUGAGGACGGAGUCCCUCUAGUUCUGCUAGGAGAUCUAAACUCUCUUUCUCCUCGAGACGCCCAGCAUCAUGGAGAGCUUGUCCAACGAUUUAGAGGCGACCAGCGUCUCGCAAGGAAGUUCCUCCGUGUUGCCAAUGGCACAGAGUUUCUCGACUAUCGACCUAUCGAACUGCUGGAGUCCAGCUUCACCGACAUGUACCUGGGAGUGGGAGCAGGGGAGGAGAGCGAUUGCUCUGAGCAGGCGACUGUUCCAACAAGAAUUUACACGGAUGACAUGCACGCUGCCAAGAUGAGACUUGACUACAUCCUUGUCAACUCGAUCCUUUCGAGCAAAACUCUGCAUGCCAGUAAAGCAGCUCCCGUGCGAGACAGUGAAACUGACUUGCUAAGCGACCAUUACCCAGUCUCGUGUACUCUAACAUUUCAUCGACCCCUUGAAACAACGAUGAGCAAUGCAUGCUCUGUAAAAGUAUAA